AUGGCUAAUAUUGUCAGAAGAGCUACCUGCCAGUUUUUCAAUGUCGGGAGUAGAAACUUCAGUGUCUCAGCACCAAGACAUGCCAAAGUCUCAGUUCUCGGAGCUGCUGGCGGCAUUGGCCAACCCCUCUCUCUUCUCCUCAAACAGUCGACGCUGAUCUCAGAGUUAGCACUGUACGACGUGGCUAAUACUGUGGGCGUGGCGUGUGAUUUGUCUCACAUUGAAUCUGCAGCUCAGGUCAAGGGAUACGUUGGGGAUUCUCAACUUGAAGAGUGCCUUCAGGGCAGUAAGAUUGUGGUAAUGCCCGCUGGUGUACCCAGAAAACCCGGCAUGACACGUGACGAUUUGUUCAACAUCAACGCCGGAAUUGCUAUGUCUCUCGCAGAGGCUGCCUCCAAAGCUUGUCCUGAUGCCAUGCUCUGCAUCAUCUCCAACCCGGUCAACUCUACUGUACCUAUCGCUGCAGAGGUUUACAAGAAGAACGGAGUAUUCGACCCUCGGAAGCUGUUCGGAGUAACCACGUUGGACAUAGUGCGAGCUAACACAUUCAUCUCGGAGCUGAAGGGAACUCCAGUAACCCAGACCCAGUGCCCUGUCAUUGGGGGUCACGCAGGAGUCACAAUCCUACCCCUCCUCUCCCAAGUGGAGCCGAGCUGCGAGUUCACAGACGAGGAACGAGCAGCCCUCACGGUUAGGAUUCAGAAUGCAGGAACUGAGGUUGUGGACGCUAAAGCAGGAGGUAGGAAACUUGUGGGCCAGGUCCCCAGACCGGUCUGGACUCAUUAA